UCGAAAGUGGGCGUGUCCGAAAGCAGUUUCCGGAAACAUGGAGGCUGUUCUGAGCGAUGUGGUAGCUCCCGAGGACCUUUUAAAAUUCGAGAAGAAAUACAACAGCGAGUUGCUGAAGGGAGCCGUCUCCAAAGAAACUAAGUUUGAGUAUGCUUGGUGUCUGAUCAGGAGUAAAUACACAGACGACAUCAAGAAGGGAAUUGUGCUCCUGGAAGAGCUUGUUCAGAAAUCAUCAAAGGACGACUCCCGGGACUUCCUGUUCUACCUUGCAGUGGCCAACUACAGACUCAAAGAAUAUGAAAAAGCCCUGAAGUACAUCCGAACUCUUCUAAAGAACGAGCCGGGCAACAAGCAGGCUCUGGAGCUGGAGAAACUCAUCGUCAAGGCUUUGAAGAAAGAUGGCUUGGUUGGCAUGGCGAUCGUCGGGGGAAUCGGCCUUGGCGUGGCCGGUUUAGCGGGACUCAUCGGCUUGGCUGUGUCGAAGGGAGCUGCUAAAUCCUAAAUGGAUGUGAGACGACAUGUCUUCGUUUUGCUGGACUGAUACACUGACCCUUCCCCUGAAUAAAAAAAAAUAAAAGUAUGUGGCGAAAGCUUGAGGGAUGUAACAUUUUGGUUUGAAGUUUAAUAUGUAUUACCACACAUUAAAGGGUUUGAAUAAUGAGUGCAUAACCUGAUUUCAUAUUUUAACAGGGCUGAGAUUCACCAUACUCAUGACAUUACUCUAUUACGCAGCCUAGCAUGGCACUUUGUUAUUAUUUGUGUAAAUAAAUUAAACUAGUCGAGGUGCAGCUCAAUUUUAUGUAAAUUCGUAGUUAGUAUGCGCCUCAGCCUAAACUUCCUAAGUUGACAUUUACAUUUUGUAAAAAAAAUAUCUAUAUAAAAGUGCAGUUGUGGUUCUGUAACUGUCGUGAUUAUUUCUGACAUGAACAAAUGCAUUGUUAAGGAAAGUGUUAGUAGUGCAGUAGGAAGUGUAGCUUGCAAUGCCAAAAGCACCAGUGUGGUUUGUUUGCUGGCGAUGUCGCAGCGACUGCCAUACUGCUGCUAGAGGGCUGUACGUCCAGCUGCUGCUGUGGAGGCAAUGAGGAGAUGUUUUCAUUUACUUUGGACAUGAGGUUUCUUUUCAUUUGUUCUGAGUAUUUUAAAUUAAGGGAGGCAACACACUUAUUGGAAAUGAAAUACCUUUUGUCAUGUAAAAUGCAUCCACUAACAUUUAUCUGUGCUACAUUUAACAGGUUGUGUUUUCCAUCUUGUUAAAUAAAAUGAUUUUGAACUGAGA